GCCUGCGCGGGGAGCUCUUGUCAAAGUUAAGGCCGCCACUUUUUAGAAGUUACAACCACAACAAAUUUCUGCAAUACUCUCUUUAACCUUUUUCAACAUUUUCACAUACUGCCGGAGUCUCGACAUCUUCGCUAUCCGACUUAUUUAGCUUAUUAUGGCUACCACAGCACAAUCCGGCGGUGGCGCCAAUGCCAACGCUACCUUCAGAGACAAGGAGAAGCCCGUCGCUGUGCGUUCCUCGAAUAUCGUCGCUGCAAGAGCCGUUGCCGAUGCCAUCAGAACUUCCCUAGGACCUCGAGGAAUGGACAAGAUGAUCAGAAGUGGAAAGGGAGAGACAAUAAUUACAAAUGAUGGAAACACAAUGUUGAAGAGCAUGUCUGUUCUACAUCCUACAGCAAAGAUGCUUGUCAACCUCUCAGCAGCACAGGAUGUCGAGGCAGGAGAUGGUACAACAUCAGUGGUAGUCAUAUGCGGUGCACUACUUGGUGCGGCCGAUAGGUUACUCUCCAAGGGUAUCCAUCCUGCGGUUAUUUCCGAAUCUUUCCAACGAGCGGCGGCAGCAUCGGUCCAGAUUCUCCACGAUAUGUCGCAACCUGUCUCCUUGACCGAUACCGCUACUCUUCUCCAAGCAGCCAAUACCUCCUUGUCUUCCAAGAUCGUCUCUCAAUACUCUGGCCUACUAGGUCCUAUGGCAGUCAACGCGGUCACUAAAACAAUCGACAUUAAGACGGCCGAUAAUGUUGACCUGAAGAACAUUAGGAUCAUCAAGAAGGUUGGAGGCACGAUAGAGGACAGUGAGCUAGUAGACGGGGUGGUCUUAAAUCAGCCCGUCAUCAAGGCCGCAGGUGGACCCGUGAGGAUGGAGAAGGCCAAGAUCGGUUUAAUCCAGUUUCAAUUAAGUCCCCCCAAGCCUGAUAUGGAAAACACCAUCCAAGUCAAUGACUACCGCCAAAUGGACAAGAUCGUCAAGGAGGAGCGUCUCUAUCUACUUAACCUGGUCAAGAAGAUCAAGAAGGCCAAGUGCAAUGUGCUCUUAAUACAAAAGUCUAUCCUACGUGAUGCUGUCAACGACCUUUCCUUACAUUUCCUGGCUAAGCUCAACAUCCUUGCGGUCAAGGACAUCGAGCGAGACGAGGUUGAGUUCAUUUGCAAAUCUACUGGUUGCAAGCCGAUUGCGGAUAUCGACUCUUUCACCGAAGACAAGCUCGGAACAGCCGAUCUCGUCGAAGAAGCUCAAUCAAACGGUGCGCGAAUGGUCAAGGUCACUGGUACAAAAUCGGCAGGAAAGACGGUCUCGGUGGUGUGCCGUGGUGCCAACAGCUUAAUUCUAGACGAGGCAGAGCGUUCGCUACACGACGCCCUAUGCGUCAUCCGCUGCUUGGUCAAGAAGAAGGCCCUCAUUGCAGGCGGUGGAGCACCGGAAAUCGAGAUAGCAGCCCAGCUCUCUAAGCAAGCACGAUCACUCACCGGUACAGAGGCAAUUUGCUGGAAGGCGUUCGCGGACGCUUUGGAAGUGAUACCUACAACCCUAGCGGAAAACGCCGGUUUAAAUAGCAUCAAGGUAGUUACGGAUCUACGACAUCGACACGAGCUUGGAGAGAAGAAUGCUGGCGUCAGCAUCAAAAGUGGUGGUGUGAACUCGAAUAUAUCCAAGGAGAAUGUGCUACAACCUUUAUUGGUGAGCACGAGUGCUAUCGAGCUAGCAGCAGAAACGGUGAAGAUGAUUCUUAGAAUUGACGAUAUCGCCUUGACGCGGUAAAUCAAAUAGGGGAACGUCAACUAGGAGGCAACUCGAACGAGAUGAGAUGAUAUAAGCCAGAUGUUCAUGAGCUCCUGGGAAAAAGACCAUUAGAUAAGUUAGAGUCUGUGUAAAGAUUCCACUUAAAUAAAAAGUAAAGUCAACAACCGAUUACUGAU